UUCAGAAUUCUGAUACUGUAAUAUUGCAGAUUGCAAUGGUUUUUUGUAUUAACAAACGCUUGGUUUGCGAUACCUUGAGUAAACGAUUUAAUUGUUCAGUGUCCAAGAUUAAUGUCGUUUUUCUAGCUGGUUACGGUAUUCUAAUCGCUGAAGAAUAAUCUGAAGGAAGGUGGGAUGAGUAGGAAACGAGUAAUUACGAAAAUUAGCAAAGAUGUACGGCCUAAUUCUGGAAAACAUGUCCGAGUACAUACGACAGGUGUACGGGGAAGAUAGAUGGGAAGAGAUCCGACGACAAGCGUCCGUAGACCAACCUAGUUUCAGUGUUCAUCAGGUUUACCCUGAGAACCUUAUACCGAGAUUAGCGAAGAAAGCUAUUCAGGUACUUGGCAUAACGGAAAAAGAAUUUUUCGAUCAGAUGGGUGUACACUUCGUAGGAUUCGUUGGCCAGUACGGUUAUGAUCGUGUGCUUUCAGUACUUGGACGUCACGUAAGAGAUUUCCUUAAUGGAUUGGACAAUUUACACGAAUAUCUGAAAUUCUCCUACCCUAGGAUGAGAGCUCCUUCGUUUAUUUGCGAAAACGAGACGCGACAAGGCCUAACCCUCCAUUACAGGAGCAAACGACGCGGAUUCGUUUAUUACACGAUGGGCCAGAUAAGAGAGGUGGCUCGUCAUUUUUAUCACAAGGAAUUACAGAUCGAGCUGGUGCGCGAGGAGGUCCUUUUCGAUACCGUGCACGUCACUUUUCAGCUCACCUUUGAUAACAGGGCUUUUACGCAAGCCUCACUGGCGAUGACACGAGAGGAGAAGCAUUUGCCUAUAGGAGCCUCUGUCUUGUUCGAGAUAUUCCCUUUUUGUAUCGUUUUUGGAUCAGACAUGAUUGUAAAAAGCAUCGGAAAUUCAUUGAUGGUUAUAUUACCUGACCUAAUUGGAAAAAAGAUAACUCAUUUUUUCGACCUCGUUAGGCCACUUAUUGCAUUCAAGUUCCACUCGAUUUUGAACAGAACGAAUAAUAUUUUCGAGCUGGUAACCGUGGAACCAAUUCUUACAGAACGACCAUCAGAUCGGCAUAGAAAUGAAAUUUUAUUGAGUGACGAGCUUGACUCGGUAGAUGACAGAACCUUGAGAUUAAAAGGUCAGAUGAUAUACAUGGAUAACUGGAAGAUGAUGAUGUAUCUUGGUACCCCCGUUAUGCCAGACCUGAAUGCUCUAAUCGCAACGGGUCUCUACAUAAAUGAUCUAUCCAUGCAUGACUUCAGCAGAGAUCUGAUGCUUGCUGGUACUCAGCAAUCAGUGGAACUGAAAUUAGCUUUAGAUCAGGAGCAAUUAAAAAGUAAAAAGCUAGAAGAGUCUAUGAGGAAGUUGGACGAAGAAAUGAAACGUACGGAUGAAUUACUAUAUCAGAUGAUACCGAAACAGGUGGCAGAUCGUUUGAGAAAUGGGGAGAGUCCGAUAGACACGUGUGAAAUGUUCGACAGCGUUUCAAUUUUAUUCUCGGACGUAGUGACAUUUACAGAGAUCUGCAGUAGAAUUACACCGAUGGAGGUGGUGUCCAUGUUAAACGCAAUGUACUCCCUUUUCGACACGUUAACGGAAAGGAACCGGGUGUAUAAGGUUGAAACGAUUGGAGACGCCUAUAUGGUGGUAUCUGGUGCACCAGUGAAGGAAGAUGAUCAUGCAGAUCGUGUUUGCGAUAUGGCACUUGAUAUGGUCGAGGCGAUAACGGACCUUAAAGACCGUUCUACAGGUCUUCAUCUUCAAAUACGAAUUGGUAUUCACAGUGGGGCUGUUGUGGCUGGUAUAGUGGGCUUAAAAAUGCCACGAUAUUGCCUAUUUGGUGAUUCAGUAAACACAGCAUCCCGUAUGGAGGCAACCAGUCAAGCUAUGCAAAUACACAUAUCACAGUCUACGCGAGAACUAUUGUCUCCUUCAUACAGAGUUAAAGAACGUGGAGAAAUAGAAGUAAAGGGCAAAGGUACAAUGAAAACUUAUUGGCUACAAAAGAGGGAGCACAGGUCGUCGUCGACGAAAGGAAUUACUAUCCAAGAACCACCACAAUGGCAUAUGAGAAAUACCGAGAAAAGAGUAUCCGCAGGAACGCCGGCUGGCUUCACAGCAGCGACUAUGUUUGAGAAUCAAAAUUGUUUGGACGCAUCGUCUAGGAGAGGUUCCAAGAUAACCUCUCCGAUACCUCCAGACUCAUCCUUCCUUCCCGAAGAAAGAAGAAUUUACUCCCCCAUUACGUUUCAAGAUGUUGCUCGCAGAUCAGUUGCAAAUUCACCAACCAAGAGUGUCGAUACGAGAGAAUGUUCGAAUCCCAAUAGAAGGUCUCUUAUCAGCAGGAACUCAGAGAUAUUCGGCUCCCUCCUGAGCGACACGGAGGAACACUUCAGACAGCACAGGGACAGUUUAUCGCCGCGGGCUGAGAACCGGUCAGCUGGCAUACACCCCAAACCCGAAGCGAGCGUGAACGCGAACUCGAGUUCCUCGUCGGAAGAAUCUCGCGAGGACAGAGCUACGUCGGUCGAAAUGGACGCCUCGAAACGAGAGAAGAACGACCAUUGCGAGAAGAGCAAGGAGUAUUACUCGACGUUUCACAGCGAGAUCAGCAACUCGCAGUCGUUGGUGCAUCAGGACCAAUGUUGUCCUGGCUUCACUAUGCCGAAGAGCGGCAAAACGCGUCAUCCUACCAACGGAUGUUGCAUCGCCUAA